UUGACAUGCAAAAUGUGUCCAGCAGACUCAGUGUAUUGUGACGACGUCCAAAACUCACUGCGACACACUUACUGCUGUGGACACAGAGAAAGAUAACGUGCGUCCGAGCGUUUGCGAAAGAAAGCCCCAAUGGGAGAAUCCAGGAGUUAAUGACUUUAAGACACACCUUCAAAAUAACACUCAAGAAAGAAAGAGGAAGGGAUUUCCAAGUUUGAAGUUGCCAGCCGCUGACUAAACAAAUAAUGGAUCAAGAUGAGGGAAGGGACCAAGUCCCGGAUUUGAAUGUAAGAAAGAAAAAGAAAAAGAAGAAAAAGAAGCAUUCAAAAACGGAAGAGGAAGAUCAGUCCAAGUCUCGCAAGUUCUCGAUUAUGUCUACUAUCGAACAUGCCCAGCUGGAAAACGAAGGGGUUACUCCGGUGUCGAGAAAAACAUCAAGCGAGAAAGAUCCUCCAAUAAUGGUGCCGAGCAAGUCGGCGGGGAUGCACACAGAUGGAGACUACACGGAACUGAUGAAAAGAAGAAAGCUUAGGUUGUCCCAAAGGCAGCGAAAGAAAGGUUUGACUCAUCUAGAACAGCCAGUCAUCACAAUACCCCAGGAACAAUCUAGGGUCAACGAUGAUGAUCACGAGCAACUACAGCUAAGAAAUGAGGUACUUGACUGCAUCAAUAAAGAUGACGUCGGUCGUUUGAGUGAAAUGCACAGAAGACUAAAAUCCAGGGAAAGACUUCCCCUUUUUGAUGAUAACGUUAAUGCUUUGCAUCACGCUCUUGCGGAGAACGCUUAUGGCAUUGUAGACUACCUAAUAGAAAAUGAGACUGCAUCGUUUCUCAUGGAUGAAUUCAUAUCCAGAGUUGCCGGUAAAACAUCAAAAAAGAACGUCCUACACGUGCUUGCCGAGAGAAAUGACGUCGAGAGGGCUAGAAUACUAAUCAGACGCAUCGACAAGCCUGGCAUUCGCGCGAAUUUCUUGGUGAGCGAAACCUUGGCCCAAGUCGAGGGUCAAAGACCGAGAGACCUGUCCCCAAUCUUGAUAGCUGCAAUGCACGGGCACUUAGAGUUCGUGAAACUCCUCCUGUCUUUUGGCGUAGAUGUGAACCAUCAAAAUAAGAAACAUGACACAGCCAUAUUGUGGGCCUCUAGAUUCGGCCAUAUUGAACUUGUGAGGUAUCUCAUCUCGCAACAUGCUGACGUUGGUCUCGAAAACGACAAGGGUUCCACGCCCCUUCACUGGGCGGUGCGUUAUGACCACGUGGAGGCAGUUAAGACUCUUAUAGAAGAAGGGAAAGUCGAUGUCAAUCAGAAACGAAAACUUGGCCUCGUUUUACCUUUGGUUUUGGCAUCGGCGCUUGGAAGCGAGGAGAUAGUGGAAUUGUUGCUACAGCACGGCGCGAGAGUUAACGAGGUUAUUCGAGGAGGAGAAACAGCCCUUCAGCACGCGGCUUCUGAAGGUCAUCUCGAAGUCGUUAAAAUCCUAUUGCGCCACGGUGCCCAAUUAGAGCAGGAGGAUGACCUUGGAUACACUCCAUUAUUACUAGCGGGUAGAAACGGUUUUGCAGACGUUGCCCUCUUUUUGGCGCGCGAGGGCGCUGAUUUUCAACACGAAACUUUAGAGGGCAAGACAAUCUGGGACUAUGCCGUCGAAAACCCCGAUUCUGACUUACUGGUCGGUCUUAUUGAUUACAUGAGAGAAACGGCGGACUUCAACGUGUUUGUGGGAAACAAUAAGAAAGACAAAGGUCCAGUGCCUUUCCCAAAAGGGCGGACCCCAUUGCACGUUGCCUCGAGCCUCGGGUUUUGUGACAAAAUUGCCCUACUCAUAGAACACGGCGUGGACCCUGCCGCUUGUGACGGCAACGAUAACACCUUUCUCCAUGUGGCAGCAACGACCGGUAUGACGGAAGUUCUAAGAAAGUUCGCCGACGGGACAGGUGUCGCCAAACAGAACAUCGAUGGAGACACGGUAAUGCACGUGGCUUGCAGAAGCGGAGAAGAAGACUGCGUUGAAGCUCUCCUGAAGUUUUCCAAAAUGGACGCAAAGAAUAACCGUGGAGAGAGACCGUUACACGCAGCGAUCCAUUCCCAAAACACCAACCCGGACAUCGUAAAGCUCCUGGUCAACCAUAUUAUCACCAACGAUACGUGGACUCUGUUGGACGAAGUGGACAACGAGGGCAACACUGCCUUACACUUUGCUGCCCGCCAGACCAACCCAGACGUCCUCAAAUACCUCAGAAACCUGAACAUCAAACAGAAGAACAACGACGGUGAUAACCCGCUUCAUGUUGCGGCCAUAAACGAAGCCUGCCCCGAGGUCUUCAACACCAUGCUAGACAUAUUCAGAACACAGCGUGGUGGGGAUAUAGAUCUCAACCAGAGGAACGCCGUCGGGGAGACACUCUUUCAUAUCGUGGCAAAGAAGGGUGACGUCCGCCGAAUCGAACAUCUUAUCCGUAUUGGCGCCGAUUUGUCGCUUCAAGACGCGGACGGUAACACUAUGCUGCAUACCACCGCGUUCUGCGUCGCCGAUGAUGAUGCUUUUGUCCUUAAGGGUCUGGACGUUUGUUCUUGUAUCGUUGAGAAUUCCGUGCGGUGGUGGUGCAACAAGCAGGAUUUAUCUUACCCCGACGACGAUCGAGGCUUGUACCAAAGGCUCAAAGUAACGUCCCUUCUCUUUUUGACAACCAAAAUCUUCAACAACGAAGAUACAAACGUCUUUGGGUAUGCGGCGCAUCUAGGUGCCUUGGAGAUCAUAAGAUUUCUUUUAAACAUUCCAGGUGUGACGAAAUUCGAGACGCGUAAUGCAAUUAAGUAUGAUAUAACUAAUAUAUCAACAAAGUCGAGUCCUUCAAAAGGCCUCAAGAAGCACAGUAGUACCAAAGAGCCUCGUCGAGGCUCGAAACCGGGGCGGUCAACUGUGUCCCCGUCAAAAGUUCAGUACGAUGAAAUAGACAAAGGCACGGAUGCUUCCACCAACAAUGAGCGCUCUUUGAUCGAAAUCAUCUGCGAUUCGCCCCUGGUAGCGCGUUCGGCAAAAAUUUUAAGCAUCACGCCAAUAUCCCAGAUGGCAGACGACUUCUGGUCGACGUACCAGUGGCUCUACGGGUUUCUCAUGGUGCUUCAUGUGCUGUACAUGUCGUUGCUGUGUGCCUAUUGUGUUCCCGUACUGCCUCCGCCUCUAGUCAACGGUAAUUACACAUUAACCGACAGCUCCGGAGUUACGACAAACGGCGUCGGGGUCCCGUAUGCCGCUAAGACUCAACCAAUGAUGACGCUGUAUUCGACCUUUAUGAUCAUGGUAGGUUUUACAGAGCAGAUCUCCUCCCUGUCUGGUGACGAUUUUGACCAGACGGACCGCAGUCGCAAUUUCUUCCAAGUUUUAUUCACCUUGUAUCUCAUUGUCGGCACCAUUGUUCUCCUUAAUUUGCUAAUCGCGCUAAUGAAUGACUCAUAUUCGGAAGUGCGACAAAAAGAGGCUGCUUGGUGGAGAGUGUAUUCUUUACGCCUUGCCCUGCAGAUUGAGCGGAGUACACCAUUGAUACCGAAACUAAUGGACUUAAUUCGACUCGGUAAACUAAACAUAAUGUUCGAUUUAGCAGAAGAACGAUGGUUCUUGACGUUAUCGAAAAAGGCCAUUCGAGGUUUUAAGGAUUUGGCUUCGAGCAGUGAUGAGGACGCCCUCACAGACACCGUAGCCCGCCUUGAUGGCCGCUUGUACGAAAUGGAAAAAUCUCUUCAGUCAAUAAACCGAAGGCUUGACUCUCUUCAUGACACGCAAAGGAUUAUGGGUGCGCGUUUAGCCUGGGAUUCUGCCCUACAGAAACUACAACCCAAAAAAUAA